AUGCCCUCGAUCUCCAAGCGCCAGCAUGGGGGCGACGACCAGGACCCCGACGCCGCUAAGCGCUCCCGGACAGAGUCAACUGUUGAAGAAGCAGCACAGCAAAGAGAGGGUAACCAAAUUCAAGCUGUCGUCAUAAAGCAAACCGAAAGCGCGUCCUCGCACCAAUUUGAUCGGCUGAAGGACGUUUCUUUUCCCUGUGCCAUAUUGGCGCUACGACACGUUCUGAGCCACAUCGACACUCUGCUCAUGUCUCCUGACGAAGCUGCGAUCGAAGCCGCACGAACUGGCCAGCUGAAAUGGCUCAAUGAAAUCAUACACAGAUUCGACGAGUGUGACAUGAGAGACGCCUUCGUAGAAGCUGCUGGCAGUGGGCACGCGGAUAUUGUGGCCAGGCUGUACGUGUACAUCGAGCCCACCCUUGAAGACGAGGUCCAGGAGGCGGUCGCAAGAGUAUGUAAAGCGAUUACGAGAGCUGCAACAAGCGGACAUUUGAACGUGAUGCAGUUUUUACUAUCCGAGAAGGUCGAUUUGUUCGAGACCACCGGUGUGACCACAUACAAAGGCAUCAUUCCAGCGUUUGAUAGUGCAGCUGAAAAUGGGCACUUGGACAUUGUGAAAUUUAUGGUGAACCAUGCGAAAUUGAAAAAAUACAAAUGGAUACUCGCCGAAUGGAGGCUAGUGGACGCACUUUCGUGCGCGAUCUUUCUCAAGCACACUGAAAUUGUGGAAUUCCUCUUCAGUGUGUUCGAAGAUUUUCACUGGAAUGUAAAAUCUGCCUUAAUAGCUGCAGUUCAUGCGGAAGACAAGGACCUCAUUAAAAGGAUUUACGAGCUAUACCCGACCACUUCGUAUAGGGAAAGCAAUUUAUUCGUUGGUUUGGCGCGGGAUGACCUCUACAUACGGGGUGUCAAGUAUUUAUACGAACACGGAUGGGACGAUAUUACUCUACUUAGCGACGCUUUUGUUGCUGCAGCUAGUAGAGGAUCUGUUGAAACGCUGGAGUUCUUCCUCGACACGGGACGGAUAUCACAAGAACUCUUCGAUAAAGCUUUUGAAAAGGCGGUCGAGUCGGAAGGAGCUGUAGAAUUCCUGUAUGGGAAGAAGCGUGCUUCUUCUCUGGCGAUCAACCAAGCCUUCGUAAGUACGAACAGCCCCACUCUUAUCAAGCUUUUGUACGAGAACGAGCAGAUUCCCAAUGACUCAAUCAGUACAGCUUUCACUAAAGCGUGUAAGGCUAAACGCACCUACAUCAACCAGCCAAGCAAGGACAAUAACCGCAUGGACAUCGUCAAGUAUUUGAUGAAGCUGGACUGCAUUCCCGCCGAGGUCAUUGGCGAGGCUUUUGCCUACGCUGCAAAGCAUUUUGACUCUGAGAUCAUGAAGUUUCUGGCUGAAGACAAACGCCUGUCGCCAGACGAUGCUUUUCUGGGUGCAGUAGUGUAUGGCGAUCGGAAGCUAAUGGAAUCCACGUACGACGUCGAGAGGAUAUCUCCUGAGACCAUCCUGACAGCUUUCACGAAAGUUUCAGUCUCCGAUUCUCCUGACAUACUACAGCGUCUUGUGCAGUAUUUGUGUAUUAAACCCCACGUGCCACAAGCAAUGCGACACACUGCGUUUGUUUAUGCGGCAAAACGGCGUUUGGUAUGGGCCCUGAAAGUGCUGAAUGAGAGUGAAGACGGAAAGUUGCCUCUCGCUCUAUUGAAGGAGGCACUGGCCUCAGCAACUGAUGACGAAGCUGGGCACUAUAUUCGCAAAAUUAUCUGUGAACAGCUCUUCGAUGGAAAAGUGGAGUGUGGAUGCGGCUGCGAUGCUCUUGUGGCUGCUGUGAAAGUACUGCCGUAUGAAGCUCCAUAUUUUGAAACUCGUGGUCAGGAUGAAGACAAUUGGGACCUCGCGACCGAUUUGGUCUGCUCUGCUGCUGAAAACGGUCAUCUUGACGUGCUCCCUGACGCCGCGUACUAUGACCCGGACAUAAUAUCCUACGCACCUGUGGAUGACGACGAAUACGUGUCCGACCUGUACAAUUUGGCUCAAGAAGCUCUACGAAAAGCUGCUGUUAAGGGAAAUUUAAGCGUGGUAAAGUUUCUGGCUGGGCAAGCUUUUAUUGUAGGUUUUCUCCAUGGUCUGAACAAGGCUUGUGGUUUAAACGAUGCCUUUUCCUACGCUAUUCGAGAGGGUCACGGCGAUGUAAUCGACUAUCUGUUGCGGCUACAUCCGCACUGUUUAAUCUGGAACAUGAAAGAGGCAUGCGAGGCAGCUGUGGAACAGGAUAAACAGGAGUUGGUGGAGAAAAUCUACGAAUUGUAUUCUCUGGACAACAGUGGAUGUUCGUGA